AUGGCAUCUGUGAACAAUUACCAGGUUGAUUGCGGGUCAAGGUCUGCUCGCAUUCAACCCAGAAUUAAUAACGGCAUUCACGAUGAAGAAUCGCUAUUUGAAGUCCUGGAACUCUCAGAAGAGGAAUUUGAGCUAGACUUCCAUAGAUUAAAGUCAUUCAAUGAUGUAAGGGUUAUCAAUAACCCAGAUUUAUCUCCAGAAUGUACAAAUACUGCCAUUAGUCGCGAUGAGACACUGGAAUCUGCAAGUAGUGCCUUCGAAGUUCCUUCUGACGAAAUUGCUAUACUGUCGAUAUCCAGUGACAGCAAUAAAAAUUCUCCGCCCUCAGAGCAGCCGGCGCCCGCUCUUCGUAACAUUCGAUCGUCUAGUAACUCUGACCGGAUCGAUGAGUGGUGUUUGGGCAGCCAUUUAUUUAAUGAGCUGCAUCAAAAUGUCCCUCAAUCAAGCGACGGUGUCAAUCAUGGAUUUCCCGUUUAUUCCUUUAAGGAAAGAGAACUUUAUACCUCUGCGAAAUUAAAGAAACUUACAAAUGCCCAAAGAAUUGCUGUGCAGAAACUAUCAAGAGACUUGUAUCCAAUUCUAAGAACAUGCUACCGCGAGAAAACUCGCCGGCAAUUAUUGACAUACCAUCAUGAAAGAAUAUUUGACGAUAUACCAUCUUUUUUCCCCCAGCGUGACUUUAUUUUCAAUUACUACUCGAUGCCUCUUGAAUUCGACAGGUUGUCAGACGUAGAUAUAGAUUCGUCAUCGCGGUCACGAUUUACAGAUGAGAGCACUGGAGAAACAUUAAACCGUUCACCAAGCGCAGCGUCUUCGUCGUUGGAAAACACAUCUUGGUUUGGCUGGACUUUACUUUCUAGGUUUUUGGACAGAGAAUGGUAG